AUCAUUAUAAUUUACUUUUGUGCCGUUUAGCCUCAUCCUCAUCGGAUGGCUGCAUCUGCCCACUUAUGUAUUCGAGUGUUUGUAAAGAUUUUCAAUAUUGCACGUCGCGGAUCCGUUGAUAUUUGCGAAGUGAUAUCGCGCGUACGUUCCAGUUAAUUACGGUUCAACGAUUCAAUUUCCCGUAAUGCGACACGUGUCGCUUUUCAGCUCGCGUCUUUAACAACCAAGUUCGAGCAGCGGUUGUUCCGUACCCUGUUGUCGAGGAGCAACGUUGCAACGAUAAUGUCAUUAUUCAACAAGCCGAAGCGGAACAUACGCCGACGUCCUUUCGACGAUGAAGAUGAGGAUAAUGAGAACAGAAUGGAGGUGGAGGACGCGCAGCCGGUCAAAGUUAAAACGAAGAAGGAUAAACCAAAGCAGACGCGCCUCAGCUUUGGAGAGGAGCUGGAACAAGGGGACGACGGAGAAGUUUUUAUAGUCAAGAAAUCGUCGAGGAGCAAAAAGCUGAUGAAACAGCUAGAUCACGAAAGGAGAAAAAAGAAAGGUGAAGAGAAAAUGCAAGUGGACACUGAGCAAGCGAAUAAAUCCAUUAAGCAGGAAAAAGAUUUAGAAAUAAAGACAGAUGAUCUAGUAGUUAAAAUAAAAAACACAGGACCUCUGAUUUUAAACGGACGAGCUGCAUUGGCAGCAGGAAAAGAUGACUAUACAUCGGGUGAGGAGGAAGAUGAACCUUGCAGUCACAAAUUUAGGAAAAAUACAGAUAAAGCUGAAACUGUAAAAAUACUUCUUGAGAGUAUUGUAAUGAUAUUACAAUAAAUUUAUUUUUAUAGCGAUGACAAGGGCAAGUCAAGACUAAUACGAGAGGAAGACCAUGAUCGAAGUGACGAUGAUGAUUCUCAAGAUCGACUAGACAUGACUGUCAACACUGAAGCACGUGAUAAAGAAAAAAGGAGAGAAGCAUUUCUUGCUUCUCAAGUUCCAUUAAAAUUUUCAGAUAAUGAAAGUGAGCACGAAAACGAAGAAGAAGAAUGGGAAGCUCAACAAAUACGAAAAGGUGUAACCGGUGCUCAGAUUGCAGCAGCACAGCAAGAUUCUAUGUUGCAACAACAAUAUACAAUGGGCAUGAAUGUUAAUCAAAUAAUUGGGUCUGGUGUACCUUUAGAAAUGGUAUUAAUGCCUGCACCACCACCGCCACCAUCUAUUCAACCACCAGAUCCAACAAAAAUCGUACCUGUUACUCCGCAAGAAGUUGUAAACAGGAUGCGCACAAGGUUGGACAAUUUGAAAGAGGUGCAUAGACGGCAUCAGCAAGAUCAGGAGCGUUUAGAAGGAGAAUUACAACAAACCAUAAAAGAAUUGGACGAAAGUGAAGUUCGUACGCCGCAUUAUGCACAACGCUUCAGAUAUUACCAAGAGUUGCGUGGGUAUGUCACUGACUUGGUAGAGUGUCUUGAUGAGAAGCUUCCCCUGGUCAUCGACUUGGAGCAACGCUGGUUAGAUCUAUAUGGUGAACGUUCAGUCGAAUUGAUGGAACGAAGACGACAAGACACGAGAGAUCAGGCGGAAGAAAUAACUACUACAGCAAGAGGUCAAGCCAUGAGAAGAGGACCAGAAGUAGAAAUACACGUACGACGAGCUACAGAGAGAGAAGGUAGAAGAGCCCGUCGUAGAAGAGCAAGAGAAUUAGCAUCAAAUAUUCCAAAGCACAUUGAUGGCAUGUCUAGUGACGACGAAGUUACUGAGCAACAAAAUCUUGUAUUUAAGCAAGCGAAAGAUGAAAUCGAUAAUAAUUGUAAAGAUAUAUUUUCUGAUGUUAUGGAAGAAUAUUGUACAGUACGUGGUAUCCUUUCAAAAUUCGAGUCAUGGAGAGAAACAGACAUGGAUGCCUACACAGAAGCUUAUGUAUCGUUGUGUUUACCUAAAAUUAUUUCGCCUAUUAUCAGAUUACAACUACUUACUUGGAAUCCGAUUAUGGAAAGCGCUGAUCUAGAAAGAACAAAGUGGUAUAAUACAUUACUUCUGUACGCUUUAGAUAGUAAAGAGACAGAAGAAUCAUUGAAACGAGAUCCAGAUGUUAGAUUAAUACCAUCCACAAUUGAAAAAAUUGUGAUACCAAAAUUGACAUCUAUUAUUGAAAAGAUAUGGGAUCCAAUGUCAACGUCUCAGACGUUACGUCUCGUUGGAACUAUAAAUCGAUUGAUAAAGGAAUAUCCUAAUUUAAAUGAUAGCAGUAAACAGUUAGAAACUUUAUUCAACGCUAUUUUAGAUAAAAUUAAAGCUGCGAUUGAAAAUGAUGUUUUCAUACCUAUUUUCCCAAAACAAGUUUGGGAUACAAAACAUCAAUUCUUCCAAAGACAAUUUGCGAUGGCUGUUAAAUUAUUGCGCAAUUUAUUAAGUUGGCAAGGUAUUCUUGGGGAUAUACAGUUAAAAAAUUUGGCACUUGGUUCGCUUUUGAAUCGUUAUCUGCUCGCUGGAUUACGCGUUUCUUGUCCAACUGACGCUUUAUUCAAGGCAAACAUGAUUAUGAGUACGCUACCAAGAGCAUGGCUGCAAGGAGAAACUAUUGAACACCUCAAAAUGUUUGCCACACUUAUUCAACAACUUAGCGAACAAUUGGAUCAGGCAAACCCUGCACAUAAUGAAGCCUGGGAAUACGCCAAGUCCAUUUUGAAAAUAAUUAAACCCUUAUAAUAUGUUGAUUAUUAUAUGUAUGUGUCAGUAAUAUUUUGUCCAAUUUUUUGCUUUUAGUAUCUAUAUGCUUGUUGAUAGAUUUUAUACAUAUAACGUAUAAUAGGAUUCUGUACAUGAUGCAUUACAGUAAAUUGUCAAAUGUAUAAUAUAUGAAGAUACAAUUUUGUAUAGUAAUAAACUAAAUAAGACAACUCAUGACAUGAUAUACUUCCCGAUUGUACAUAAUAGAUAAGCCAAAAAUAAAUCUGUAAAUAGUACACUCGUAAAUAUUCGAGCCUUGCCUUUAAAAAUAAUAGUUACGAUAAUUGAAAA